AGGCCGGCCCCGCCCCGCGGGAGGUGCUCGCGCUCACCUGGCCGGGAGCCCCGGGGUCGGGGGCUGCGGGGGCCGGGGUAAGAGCGCAGGGCCAGGAGGGCAGGGAGGGUCUCGCCCCCCGCGCCCCCAGGCACAGGCGGAGGCCGGGCAGCUUCGCCCAGGGAGAGAUCGUGGCGAGCCGGUAGAGCCUCACCUCCCGGCAGGCCCACGCCCACUUUGGGCUCCCCUGCCCUCCUUGUGGGCCGGGUACCCUGACCCGCAUCUCCCUCACCCAGGGUGGGAAGCUGCUACCUGAGAGGGACGAACAGGAGCCGAACCGCUUGUUGGCUUUGCGGUCCAAGGCCGGUGCAAACAUCUCGAGAUCUCUGUCAUCCUGCCAAGACAACUCGGAUACUGAGCACGGCAAGGAGCUCGUGUUUCACAUCAAGAAUGAAAUGACCGGCGAAGUCUCACUAAGCUUAGAUUCACACAGUCAUUCUUUCAAACUCGCGAGAAGCACGUGCAGCCUUGAUCUCGUUGGCAUCUCUCGGCAGCCUUUGCUGGAGCUGAAACCGCACUUCUCUUACAGAGAAGAUGGAAGGCCCGAGUAGGAUCGCAGGACGGGAAAGGACGCUGGCGCAUGCUGCUAGCUAAACUCUGCGGCCGUGGCUCAGAGCGGUUCCUUCCUCGGUCUCCACCGCUGGCCUCCUGCGGCAGCUGAGUUCCCCGAGGCCUAGGAAGCAUGAGUCACCUGCCCGGUGCCCCCGGCUCGCCCGGCAUGCGCCUCUGAGCCAGGCCUCUGGACUCUGGCCCGGCGGGCCGCUUCUCCACGGCCGCGCGUACCAGCAGAGCGGCCUCGCACCAACGUCCUCGCGUUCCUCCCAGGAUGUGAAAGGGGCAGAAAAGCAAAGCACCGCCUCUCCGCACGUCCCUCCCCGUCUGCUAGAAUGUUCCUCAUGAACGUCCCUCCUGUGGCUGCUCUCCAGUCAAAAUGGGAGGCCUUUGGCGCGCCCGGGAGCUUUAGGUUUCCCGGGUGCUUCUCGGAGCCGAAAGAGGGUGUCUCGAGAGCCUCGGUGAGCGCCCAGGUACAGGUGCUCAUUAGCACACUGCAGAGUGACCAGGCUGCUCUGGGCAUGAGCGAUGAGCUGGCCCUGCAGAGAAGCCAGAGGGCGGACAAAGGCCGGGACACCGGGCCGGCCGCCACCCCUGCGUUUGCUGCCUGCGGUCUCGCUGCUGGUUUCGUCCCCUCGAGGGAGGAGGACGCCGCAGACUUUGGCCCCUUGGUGCUGGAUUCGGACAGCGACGACUCCGUGGACCGGGACAUUGAAGAAGCGAUCCAGGAGUACCUAAAGGCCAAGAGUGGGGCCGCCCAGCCGCCUGGGGCCCCAGACGGGGGCAGGCGUGGGGCCGCCCAGCCGCCUGGGGCCCCAGACGGGGGCAGGCGGUGCAAACCAGAGUCUCCUCUGAGUGGCAGCGCCCCGACUGCCCCAUGUCCCCCAAAGUUUGCACCCAGCUCAGGAGGUGCCCCUGGCAGCUGCGUGGGAGCCGGCCAGGACCAGGGCUCCGCCUCCCCGGUUAGCGUGAGCAGUGACGACUCCUUCGAGCAGAGCAUCCAGGCAGAGAUCGAACAGUUUCUGAACGAGAAAAGACAACAUGAGACCCCAAGAUGUGAUGUUUCCGUGGACACGAAACCAGACCCCGGCGAUAAUGCAGCCAGAUCAGCGUUCAGAUCCAGCAAAGAGCCGAUGGCCAAGGCACAUCGGCAGGAGGUCAUAGGAGCCUGCAAGGACUUCAUCUUCCGGAAACCUCCCAGGCUAGCAAAGGUGAGCCCACGGCCCCGAGGCCUCAGGUCCAAGGCCACCGCCGAGCCGGAGAGCGCAGACGGUGCUAAGCCGGCCACCGCUGCAGGCCGCCCCGCGGAAGCUCCCCCAAGUAAAGGCACGGUCAGGAGGAGCGCCGGCCCCGGGCGGAGGGCGAAGCGAACCAAGAGCGCAGCCCUGUUGUGCAAGGUGUCCGGCUCCAGCAGUGACGAUGGCAUUGAGGAGGCCAUCCAGCUGUACCAGCUAGAGAAAAGGAAGGAGGCGGGUGGAGACCCGCCACAGAGAACGCCACUCCGGGAGGGGAAGGGGCCUGACCCUCCCACACGCAGCACAGGCCAUUCCACAAAAGGUGCCUUGCCGGAAACCCACAGGAAAACACCAGGCAGGAAGAAGCCGGUGGCCCUGAAGGCCGUGGAACUCAGCCCAGGUGGCCCUCACCCUGACCACCCCUCCAAGCCACCCAGAGAUCCCAGAGCUGCCGAAAACGAGCUUGUGGAAUGGCCGCCAUGCCGGGCAGACACGUCCGCUGAGCUGAUGUGCGCCGAAGCAAUCCUGGACAUUUCCAAAACCAUCCUGCCGGCUCCCGCGGGGGGCAGUGAGAGACCCCUGCCUGCCAGCCCACUCUCCUGCCCCCUAACCGUGCCUUCCCGCUGCGACGGGGACAGCAGCUCCGUGGACAGCAACGAUAGCAUAGAGCAGGAAAUCCGGACGUUCCUGGCUCUGAAGGCUCAGUCAGGGGGUUGGCUGGCCCGAACGGAGAGCUGCCCACAGUCCACACACAGCCCGGCGCCACCACCCGGCCCCAGGGUCCCCAGCUCUAAAACGCUGGGCCUGUCGCUGAGCUGCAAAAGGAAACGCAGAGGAGGCAGCCAGGCUGUGCUGCCAUCCACACCCAAGAGAGCAAGAGAGACGGCUCAGGAGGGUGCCUGGGAUGCCGACCACAGCCCGGCGAGCACACAGCCCGGCCAGGCCCCCAGGGCGGAAGGCCAGGCCAGGGCCCAGCCCCUCCCCUGCAGGCCACUUGAGCUGGGUGACCAGCACGGUGGCCCCGACGCCAGGGGCGGCAUGUGGCCCGGUCACGGGAAGGCGGCCCCAGCCAGGAGCACCGGUGAGCGGGGGAGCUCUGAGGACAAGAGCAGCUCCCUGGACAGCGACGAGGACCUGGACACCGCCAUCAAGGACCUACUGCGGUCCAGGCGGAGGCUGAAGAAGAGGUGGAAGGACCCCAGGGCCACGUGCAAGAGGAAGGUCAGGUUUAGCACCACGGAGCCCCAGUUCUUGGAUAAACUAGGGGGCUUCCGGAAAGACUGGAAGGACAGAAGCCCCCAUCUGUUGAAAAGCUGCCUCUCGAAGCCCAAAAAAGACAGCAAGGAGAACCUGGGGAAAAAGCCUUUGAGCGUCUCCUGCAGAGACACGGAGAGAAGCAGGGCGGACGGCGCCAGCCCUGGUGACGCGCCCCCAGCUCUCCAGCUCAGGAGAAAAGCCUCCGAAGGGAAUCUGUUCUGCCGCGAAGCAGACGCCUGUGAGCUUCAAGCCACAGCCCCCGGCUCCCAGCCUCUGCCCGAGGACAGCAGCUCCGUGGACAGUGACGACAGCAUUGAGCUGGAGAUUAGGAAGUUCUUGGCUGAAAAGGCCAAGGAGUCCGGGAGCGGCUCAGAAGCCCCAGGAGGGGGCCCAGUCACACCGGCGACAGGGAGCGUGCCCAGGCCAGAGCUGCCGUGCCGGAAGGUGCCAGCAGCCGCCCUGGCCCUUCAUCCCGGCGUGUGCACGCGGAGCCAGCGGGGCAGGGCUGACCCUCAGCCAGCCAGAGGCCUGGGGGGCCUGGGGAGAGCCUUCCUUCCGGGCAGGAGGAGCGGCCCCUGCACAGAGCAGGCCUGCCUCCCCGCAGCCGUGGCCAGGCGUGCCAGCGCGGCGGGGACCCUGUCCGCCAAAGGCUCAGCUGCUGGUCGGCGACUGGUUUGCGCUCACAAAGAUCAGAGCCCGAGAGGGACCGAACAUGCCAGGGAACGUGCUCUUGGCUCGCUGCCCACUGGGGCUGAAGUGGGUGCCCGGGCAGAAAGCCCCGGCGUAGCCUUUGCUGUGACCACCCAGGGCCAGAGCCCUCGGACUCGGAAGCUGGCAGCAGAUGGGCCGGGGAGCCCCCAGCCCGGCCUCGCCCUCCCAUGGCCCGACUUCGCCCACCAGAGUCGGCUGCAGAGCACCUGGGCGCUGAGCCCGGAAGGCAGAGAGGCUGCGUGGAGAGGGGGCCUCGGGGGCCAGAGAGACCAGGGGCCGGAGGGCCAGGACCCCAAGAAAGGCCUGCCCUUCACGGGCUUCUCCUCGCUACUGUCCACACAGCUAUUCCACUUUGGAAAGAGCGUCUCCUGGGGGGGCAAGCAGGCCAGCGUCUUCAGCCCACCCCUGAGCCUGCCCCUGCAGGGCCCGUCCUUCUCGGCCUUCAGAGAGACCCCAGCUGGCCACAGCCCCGUGUUUGGAAGCUCGCACCUGCUCACGAAGAAGGAGGGGGGACACUGGCCCGGCCGGAAGUCCCAGGCGCCAUGCACUCUGCACGCCAGGAGGAACUCGGGCUCCGACGAGGAUGUCCUAGGCCUGAGGUACAGGCGGAGGGCCAUCAGUGGAGGCGACGAGGCCCGGGAGGCCUUGGCCAGUGACUCCAGCGAGCUCAGUGACACCUCUGUGGAGGAGGGUGGCGGCCCUGGGGCCAAGGGCAAAGCCCUCCAGCCGUGAGGAUGCUCACUGGCUCCGUCUUCGUGGGAAGCAGAUAGACACGCGGGUACCCGUGUGUGCGCCUGACGCUCGCCGUCCCAGGACAGAAACCAGAGGCCGCGCGGUGCCGUCCUGUACAUGGUACGUCCGCUGGGAGCGACGGUGUUAUUUAAUGGAUGUGUCCUGGAAAAUAUGAUUUUUGUAGCUUUUUUGUAAAUUAUUUAAAGCGCUGUAAAAAAUAUUUUUGGAAAAUACAGUUGUUCGAUUUUGUGGGGCGUGCGUCACCGCCGCUUUCAGCGGCGCCGGGCGAGGGUUAGACAAGCAGACCCGUGACCACCGCAGCUGGGGCGGAAUGACUCUGACUCUAAUGGUUCAGGUCGACUGCUGCUGGAAGGGGCUGGUUGUGCCUGGGAAGGCAGCGGUCGCCACCCGCCCGCCCCAAGAACCAAGAGCGUCCGAAGAGGUCUCUGCUGGGCAGCACUUGUGACAUGAAGGCCCCCGGUCCCACGAGGCCAGAGCGUGGCUGCCAGACACCACACUUGCGGCCGUGAUUGGAAAACUCAAAGCACAAAGGCCAGCGAGCACACGGACUGGCCGUCCCCCAUCGCAUGUGGAAAUGCCACGUGAGGCCUUGGCGCACAUCGGGUCCACACCCGAGCUGGGUGAUUCCCAGCCAGCCUGUGCGAUCCCCGCGUGAUCCUAACAGCUAUUCAAUAAAGCUCUUUUCUGUGGGAGCCACUGUUCUCCAGUUCUAGUCACAGCUCCGAAGGGUAACAGACAACGUGUGUUUCCAACAUCCUUUUCUUGAUCUGGGUGUGGGAAUACACAAGGCUUGGGCCACUUGGCCAGUUCUGGUGCACAGACGCCUCUAGAGUCCCGGACGAGGCCCAGCACUCUCUGGGGGCCUGGGCCUCCUUGGGGUGGGCUCGCAGCCCACCAGACGCGCCUGGCGGCUUUCUGAGGGCCUGCCUCUCCCCGCAGGACCGGGGCUGUGCCCUGCGGGGUGCAUGGUUGUGGGCAGGACGCCGGGCCUCGCGGUGUGUCGGAGCCGAGCCACGGUGCCUCGCCGGGUAGAGAAGAGCAUGGCUUCCCGUGCCUUCUGCUCAGUGCGGAGACGAGAGGCACUGCGUCCCGUGAGGCGGGCCCUCAGCGGUCAGGUGUUGCUGGGCAGCUGUCCUGCAAACUGCCCUCAGUGACCCCGGUCUUUACGACUCGCCACGCGAUUUAGUGUGAUGGACGUGGAGCAAGGCCGACCCUGCAGCUGAGCCGAGCUGGUGUUCGAACACACAGGUGAGUUUCCUGGGGUUUAGCAGCGCGGCACCCGUGCCCCAGCCCGCCCGGCACCCACACGGGGGCAUCUGCCAGCGCCCUUCCGGCUCUUAACUCACCUAGGUGCUUCUGGGAAAAACAGUUCAAUUCGUGUAAUCCAUGCUUUAAAUUUUAUUUAAUUUUUAAAGAGUGCUCUUAACACUCGAAAACAAAAAUCAGCCUGUUUUUGUACAUAAAACUGGGUUUUUAAAGCGCUAAUAAAGCAAGCACUGCUCAUGGAUCAGCUGUGCAGCUUGUCUUCCCUGGAGUGGCCUUUGUGGGGUGAUGCCAAGAGGGCCCGCCGUGCAUUUAGCUCUGAGCACCCCUCCCCCUGCCGGUUCUCCCCCCGACCUGGCCCGUCGCACGUGUCUCCUUCCUGCCUCCCGGGUUCCCGCAGGCACUGCCAUUGACACGCGCCUUGCGUCCACACGUGCGGGGCAUAAGCCUGCUUGUGUCCCUGGACUGCCAGCUCCCUCCCGCUUCUGCACCCACACCCUAGGUCAACUCCAGCACACGCUGGGGCCAGCCCCGGGUACCCCUGCACCCUGUCUGGAAGGGGGGCCACGGUGGGGUGACCGAGUGGGGCCUGGCGCUGCGGCUGCGGAUAGCAGACCCCCGGGAGCGGCUGCAUGGGACCCCAGGUGCUCACCCCCCCGCCCCAUGCAGUCGGAGGGAUGAUGUGUUACCACGUCAAACCUUGAUCCUUGAGGGGCUUGUAACCCUUGAGAAGCUCCCCCCUCACUUCCCAGGGAAGGAGGGGUCUGUGUGUCCGGGGCUGGAGGUUCGUUCAUUUAAUACAAAGAAGGGGAGAGGCCUGAUGUUCACUAGGCCGUCCUGGGACUCACUGCGUCUUUCUGGAAAGGAUGGGCACAGGUGGAAUGGCGGCGGGAGGGGCGGCUAAUGUGCGAUGCCCACCACCCACGUCUAGAGAGGGGGGGGUCUCCCACAGAUGAGGCUCAGAAUCUGAAUUAGCGGGUUUCCCAAGCUGAGACACACUUGCAUCGGGAAGCCAGGCCCUACCUUUAAAUUGCAGCCGCUCACCUGCUCCCAUAAAAACAUGAAGGUAUUACGACCUCGAUACCCCAUCCCUCAAAAUGAAUUUAAGGGCCUGCUUAAGGGACCCACCAUCCAUGUCUGCAAAUCACAGCCAGGUCUGCUCCAGGCGAGGCUGACCGGGAGCGGGGAAUAGUUUGUUCUUUGCAGAAUCUUUGGGGCUGCGGCUCUUCUGUGCUCUGGACAGAGAGAUACUGUCCCGUGUUGACAAAUUUCCUAUCUGUUUGAAACCAUUGACUCUAAGUAACUAACUGAAAGGCGACAAGCUACUGAAGACAAGUCUACAGGCAUACUUGGGCACGUGUCCAGUGUUCGAAAUCACUGCUUUCCACCCCACCCACAGCCACACCGAGUGACGAAUUAGCGAGGUUCUCCUGAAGCCCUAUUUCUCGGUGUUUCGCCUCGUGGUGGGAAAAAUCAGCCCCACACAGCCAGGCCUCCUCGGGGGUGAAGACAGGCUUUUCAGGCUGCACAGUGUGGAGGCGCCGUGCUCGCCUCUCUGCUAGCUGUUCUGACCGCAGCGAGGACGUCGAGGGACGUCAAGACCCAGGUCAGAGAGUGGUGGGGUCCUUCCUGCCCCUCAGCCCCCCAGGGGAGGCUGGUGAGAGCCCAGGGUGCAUUCCUGCAGCCCUCCGUAAGACCGCCCGUCCACAUCCUCUUCUCCCUGCUCCAGGCAUGAAGAUUCCAGGCAGAAAACAUGCCGAAAAGAUACAUUCACCGUCACCAGAGUUCCUGUAGGACUUGUGUGCAGAGUUGGGGCCGGGACCACGGGGUCUGAUGCCCGCGGCCACGCCUCCCAGGGCACACCCCAGGUGGGCUCCAACCCCGGGCUGCAGGGCUGGGACUCACCCCAGGUGAUGAUGUCAGCACCCUCCAAAGCCACAGCGGGCAGAUGGGAGCACGGCCACCCCGCAGCUCCGGGGCCACGGCCCCACAGCCGGCAGCAGGCCUGCGUCCCCCGAUCCCACCACGGGGCCUCUGGUGCGUGUGCCUCGGACCUGUCGCCAGAGCUCAGCAGUCACCAGUUUCCACUGGGAGGAAAAACGGUUAUUUUGCCCGAUGGUGUUGUGGUGUUGUCCUUCCCCGGAGUCGCUAACGUGCUUUUCACAACCGACAAGAAAGGAAUUCAUUCUUUUCGGUGAGUCUAGAAACUUGUUUAAAAAGGCACUCUUUGGGGCACCUGGGUGGCACA